GUUUCACUCAUGCACCGGCGUAACCUACUUACAUUCUAUCAGAGUCAUUAUCACAGCCCGAUCCUCCAGAAAGACGACGCAGAGAGGCUCUCUUCUCCAUUGCACCUAUUCUUCAACCAAGACCCCCCUCCUCCCCCUAGAAAUAAGACUUUUUAUCCCGGAGUGAUGUUGUUAUGAAGGCUUCUGCGGCAAAAGACACUCACCUCUAGCAGACAUGCCCGGGUCGGUGUAUGAAACCUCCAAUCUGGAUCGAGGCGGAAGCAACAGGAAGAAGAAGAUAGAGGAAUUCUCUAGGUCUUCUCGGGAGAAACUAGUCCAGUCGAAGAACAAGAUGUUCUCCAAAUUCACGUCCAUCCUCCAGCAUGCGGUGGAAGCGCUCGCCCCGUCCCUGCCAUUACAGGAGGACUUUGUCUAUCACUGGAAGGCGAUCACACAUUAUUACAUUGAGACCUCUGAUGAUAAAGCCCCCGUCACAGACACCAACAUCCCGUCCCACCUGGAGCAGAUGCUGGACAUCCUGACUCAGGAGGAAGCGGAGAGGGAGUCUGGGGAGACGGGGCCCUGCAUGGAGUAUCUCCUUCACCAUAAGAUCCUGGAGACUCUCUACACCUUGGGCAAGGCAGAUUGUCCUCCGGGGAUGAAGCAGCAGGUGCUCACCUUCUACACAAAGCUGCUGGCACACAUCCGUCAGCCCCUCCUGCCACACAUCAACGUUCACAGGCCCGUUCAGAAACUGAUCCGUCUGUGCGGGGAGGUGCUGGCUGCUCCCACUGAAAACGAAGAGAUCCAGUUCCUCUGCAUAGUCUGUGCCAAGCUCAAGCAGGACCCGUAUCUGGUCAACUUCUUCCUGGAGAAUAAGUCGAGGAGGACUGAGAUGAAGACCCCCGUGUUGACCGAGGGGACGAAGGAGAGCGCUUUGGCUCCAGACACGGGCCAGUCUCCAACGGAGGACCAGGCCGCGCAACAAGAGGGGCCGCAGGCUGCAGCUGCUGCCGCCGCCGCUUCCAGCCCCGCAAGGAACAACAACAACAGCAGCAACUACAAUCUGGUCACCUCCCUGCUGAACCUCACAAAGAGUCCUGACGGCAGGAUAGUGGUGAAGGCGUGCGAGGGCCUGAUGCUGCUGGUCAGCUUACCCGAGCCCGCCGCGGCCAAGUGUCUGACUGAAAACACUGAGCUCUGUGAGCUUCUGACGGACAGACUGGUCUCCUUUUACAACGCCCUGCCGCAGUCCAUGGACCCGCUGGACAUCGAGACGGUGGAGUCGGUCAACUGGGGCCUGGAUGUGUAUAACCUGAAGGAAGACGCUGCAGUGUUCACAGGGAAGAGGGCUCUCAUCUCCUUCCUGUCCUGGUUAGAUUAUUGCGACCAGCUCAUCAAGGAGGCACACAAGUCAGCAGCUGCAGUGAUGGCAAAAGCUGUGAGAGAAAGAUUCUUUGUCUCGGUGAUGGAGCCGCAGCUCAUGCAGACGUCCGAGGUGGGCAUCCUGACGUCCACGGCGCUGCUCAACAGGAUCAUCCGGCAGGUGACGUCGAAGGCCCUGCUGCGGGAGAUGGUCUUCUUCCUGCUGGGGGAGGAGACGGAGGCGGAGACUUCUGCCACCAUGGCUCAGAAUCCUCUCAGACACAGACUCAUCGAGCACUGCGAUCACCUGUCCGAUGAGAUCAGCAUCAUGACCCUGCGGCUGUUCGAGCAGCUGAUCCAGAAGCCCGACCAGCACAUCCUGCACAGCUUGGCGCUGCGCAGCCUGGAGGAGCGGAACUACCUGGAGAACAAGCCGCAGGAGGAGCGCGAGCCCCUGGAGAACGGGCAGCCCCACGACGCCGUAGACCUCGAGGAGGAUCCGCUGUUUGGCGAUGACCUCUCUCCAGACAGCAGGCUGUCUGGGUCCGAGUGGCUCAGCUCGUCCCCUCAGCCCAGUCCGGACCACCUGAAGUCCGACGGGAAGACGGAGGUGCACAAGAUCGUCAACAGUUUUCUGUGCUUGGUGCCCGAUGAGGCCAAGUCCUCGUACCACGUGGAGGGAACCGGCUACGACACCUACCUCAGAGACGCACACAGACAGUUCAGGGACUAUUGUGGCGUGUGCCAGCGGUGGGACUGGAGGAACGCUCCCAAGCCUUUGGAGAAGUGUAACCUGGACAGCCCCUUCUUUGAGGGCCACUUCCUCAAAGUUCUGUUUGACAGGAUGGGCCGCAUCCUGGACCAGCCGUACGACGUGAACCUGCAGGUGACCGCCGUGCUGUCCAAGCUGUCCCUGUUGCCCCACCCCCACCUGCACGAGUACCUGCUGGACCCCUACAUCAGCCUGGCUCCAGGCUGCAGGUCCCUGUUCUCCGUCAUCGUCAGGGUGGUGGGAGAUCUCAUGCUGAGGAUUCACCGCAUCCCAGACUUCACCCCCAAACUGCUGCUGGUGAGGAAGAGGUUAUUAGGAAUGGAGCCAGAGGGCAUCAACAUCGACCACGUGACCCUGCUGGAGGGGGUGAUCGUGCUGGAGGAGUUCUGCAAAGAGCUGGCAGCCAUCGCCUUCGUCAAAUACCACGCAGCUGCCUCGUCCUCGCCGUGAUCUCCCCCGCCGCUCGGCCAUCUGCCUCGGCCGGGCAGACGGGGUCGGGAUCAGGAGGAGAGAGAAAGAAAGAAAAAAGAAAGAUGCUUCAAAACUGGACUUUUUCUUGGAGGCGGAGCGACGGACGCCGGUGGCACAGGGUCGGAAAAAUCACCAAGUGGUCAUCUGAAGCCCGCCGGGACGGACGGUUCCUUCACCGGAGCGCAGACACUGCCCGAGGAGGACAUGCAGAGAAAUGUUCACUGGACUCUUCAGUCUCUGCCCCUUGUCUCACUGCCCACCCACCCCCACCCACCCGCCAUCUUUCCUUCACCAGCCAGAAGACGAUGGCCCUGUAAUUACCGCGUCAUGUAUUUAUUUGCCGUCUCACCGCCGCCCAUGGGAACAUGUCAUUGCCUUAGUGUGGGAAUCACACCUUUCAGUUGGUUUCGUCUUCAGCCCUCACAUUGCUGUCUGUUUGAAGACAGGAGGACAUGAAGAGCAAGAGGAACCCCCCCUCCCCCCUCCUCCACCCGUCGUUACAGUCUCACGGCACCAGUCUUUUAAAUGCCAAGUCAUCUUAUUUAUUCAUUUGCUUUCAUGUUGCCUUUUUUUUUUUUAAACUAAUGUCGUAUUAUAAUGAGAAAAAAAAAAGUGAGGUCUGGCCGAGCAGACGCUCCGUAUCUUGUGUUUUCUUCUCUCGGCUUUGUUUUUUUUUUUUUCUUUUAAGUGCUCGUGGAUUCGGAGCUCUUCUGUUGCUCGCCGUCACCCAAAGAUGUCGCCAUCUUCAAGCGAAAGCAGCGAAUUUGCAGACGAACGCGGAUUUGCACACGGACCUCGCCGUCAUUGCACUUGUUACACGGCGAGUUUCGCGUCAGCGUUUCCGAACGGUCGCCCUGCUUUUUCCCAUUCCGCCUCAGUUUCACCAUCCAUAAGCAGUGUUUGAUUUUAUGAGAGAUAAUCUUACUAUUGAUCAGUCGUGCUCCCUAUUUUGCAGUAAUCCUCAAUAAUUUCUGAUUUUUUUUUCUUUUUUUUCUUUUUAUGAUUAACCAGUGUCUUUAAUGCAGCCCACCACAGUUGGUUUUUCUCCUUUUAUUAGCUUCCAGCUGUGAAACAAAGCCGGGUCUGUUUUCCAACAGUCGGAUCAGUGUGUCGAGUCCCGUCGCCUCGGGUUGUUUUCACUAGAAAUCAUCCGGCAAUUCAGCAGCGAAGAUUAGGAGGCAGAUGAGACGAGUGGUUUCAAGCCCUGAAAGGAGCGGCAGAUUCUCAGCCGCUCUUCAGGUCGUCGUGACUUUCUGUGGAAAUCUGCAGUCACUAGCAGUAUUACUCAUCGGUGCUGUCGGAGCGUCACACAUUACUGAUUUAUGACAGGAAAUUUGAAUUAUCUUACAUCGUAAUGCUGAGAAAUUUAUUUUUGUGUGUGUGUGUGUUUGCUGUGUGUUUUCCAUCCUCCUUCAGAUCCCUCCUUUAAAAAACCCCAAAACUACAUGUAUGCAAACGUUUGCAUGGGAUCGGAUUUGCACAUUGUCUUCAUCUUCGUCUGGAAUGUAAAUAAUCACAAACAUAAAGCUUUUAAGUUCUCCAAAUAUUUUCUUUCUUAAGCCAAAAAAGAAAAAAAAAUCUGAUUUCACAUUUCUAUUUUAGCGGGAAACUUUUUUUAAAUUAUGAAUCAUGCACAUUUUUAAAAGUCAACUCUCCUGUACAGUUGUAUAUUGUCCGUGUACAAUAGCAAUAGAGAUAUACUACCUGGUUGUAAACGCAUGCUUUAUUUACUUGUUUCCGUUGAGAGAGAGAGAGAGAGAGAGCUGUGAUGAUUUCCUGGCUGUCAGCACUUUGAAGGCGCUGGCAGGGAGAGAAGAUGCCUUACUUCACACUGUGGGUCUCGGCUUCGCUGCAGUUUAUUGUGAUCUGUUACCUUUAGUAAACAUGUACAGGACUUCUGACUAUAGUCCAUAAAAAAAAAAAAAAAAAAAACCUGAUGCCAGUUUAAUCACACGUCUCAGACCGA